AUGCUAGCCAACGAUGCCGUGAAAAGCAUAGUAAAUGUGAGCGGUAGUCCGCUGAAUGGCCACUAUGUCCUAACCAAAAUUCGAGGUAUCAUUGAGCAUGGUGUGCGCAGGUGCGAAAACUGUGAGACCGCAGGCGAGCCCUGCCUGCCGCCUCCACGAAAACGAAUUCGGCUGAAAGCUGUUCAUUCUGUGAUCGAACAAUCCCGCUCUUCCGGACAGAGUGGCCGGGAGAUAUCCUUUGUCUACGGUGGUGAUCAUGUCUGGGUCGACUUCCACACUCCCGUCCAAUUCGUUCAUGGUAACGAUCACGACGAAGAUUCGAGUGACUUACAGUCUUCUAUCGUCAUUGAUGAGGAUGAGGGAGCUUUUCCAAAUUCCAUGAAUGUGCGUCUCGACUGUGCAGAUGCGGUUGCAGAACCUAGUAUUGUUUUGGCAGCUGAAUCUGAUGCGGCAAAGAGAUCGCUAUCAUUUGGGAGAGACAGCGCUUCAGGCGCGUCCCAUUUCGCUUCAUCUCCCACAUAUUUAGUUUCUCCAUUACAGCAACACCGUACCCCAUCAAACCAGAUCCAGAUACUCUCGCCAUCUACAAGUACCGUCCUCUAUGAAUCCAAACCUCUUUGGCCGUUGAACGACUUAGCAGAGGCUGAACUCCUUCGACAUUUCAUCGACAAUAUCGGGCCUCAACUAGAUGUCACGGACCAUGUUUCUCAUUUCACCACAACUGUUCCCCAGAGAGCAGCGCAUUGCCCUUUGCUAUUUUACGCUAUCAUUGCCGCCGCUUCCAUUCAUCGCAGUCGUGUUCAGGGUGUUCCGGACCAAUUUUAUGAAGAAUACCAGGCUAGGUGCAUCCGGAUCUUGAUUCGAUUCUUGGAUGAUCCUGAGUAUUCUCCAGAUGAGAACUUCUUGGCGGCUAUUGUCGUCUUGCGUAAAGGAGAAGAGAUGUCAGGAAAUGCAGAUGAAGAUCGUAUGUGCCAUCUGCUUGGCUCCUCUCGGGUCAUUAAUUCGGUUGGAGAGGUCGCCGCAAAUGGCGGAUUGGGAGAAUCAGCAGCGUGGAUUGUCUUGAGACAAGGUGUAUACGUUUCAUUGACAAGCAAUGCCCCCUUGAAUGUGGAUCUUGGCUGCUAUAAAAGGUCUGUGGUCUUCCUCGGUCUCACAGAUCACGCUUGGGCCAACAAAAUUGUCUUCAUUUUCGCAGAGACUCUGGUAUACUCUGCCAAAAGCAGUGAACAUGCGGGAGCCGACGUCGAGGAUUGGCGUACCUUGCAGCACGCCGCGACCCAGUGGUAUCACGACAAGCCGGACACGUUUCUGCCAGUCUUUGAGGCUUCAAGUGAAGAGAGCGCUCCAAAUAGACUUGCUGGGCCGGGGUGCCGAAAUCCUUUCCCGACGAUAUCGAUGCUCCAGGCCCCUCAUGUCAUUGGGCUCAUGUACUACCACCUGACCCUCAUACUCCUCGCCCUGAGCGACCCAGUUCACACCGCCCGUCGUAGAGGUCUUGAGAGCAUACGCAUGUGGCGGGAACUGGAACAGAAGGUCAGAAUUGACCUUAAACGCUGCAUUGGUCUGGCCAUCAGCAAUCCUCAUGUUGUGGCAGCCAACUUCGAGGCAUCACACAUCCUAUACGCAUGCGGACAUUGUCUCAACUCUCCUGGGGAGAGAGAAGCGGCUGUCGACUUUCUCCGCGGCGUCAGGGUCAAGUUAGGCUGGGGCAUUGAUCAUAUCAUCGAGCACCUAGAGAGACAUUGGGCCGAGAUGUAG